CUUCAGGAUUCUCCUCUUCUGGGGCAGAAACAUCCUCCCAUCCCGAUGGACGUGACCGUGAGCGUGCACAGCGGCGGCGUCCUGUGAGCGUCUAUAAAAAGGCCUUCAUUGUUUGGACUGUAACUGGACCCCUGCAGGCGGCAGGACGAGCUGCUCAGGACCAACACCGCUAUUCUUAGACCAUUUGUUGUGCUGACGGCCGUCUGGUUCUGCCAUCACACGCCGACGACAUGUGGAAGGUCAAACCUCCAGUUGUCUUUGCCCUGGAGUCGAGGUACCGGCCGAUUCUGGAGAGUUUGGUUCCCCCUGACCCCAUGUCCCAGUUCCACCUGAGGAGAGGUUCUCCUGAGGAGGAGUUUCCUGACCUGCACAGGAACUCAACCUGGAUGGGACGGAUCCUCACGCCCGCCAUGUACCGCCGUCAGUUCGACCGCUGCACCCACAGCGGGGUCAUCUUCGAUGAUGUCAUCCGCCCGGGCCUCGAGGAACCAGGUGACUGGUCAGGUCCUGUAUCUGUGGGGUGUGUCGCGGGCGACGCCCAGUCCUACAUCCUGUUCUGCGACUUCUUCGACCGAGUCAUCGAGGCGUAUCACGAACACAAGAUCACCAGCCAGACGCCGGAGAGCGACUUCAACUACGACAACUUGAAGGGGGGCGAUGACUUGGACGGGUCAUACGCUGCACGCUGUGAGGUGAGUGUUGUUCGAGCUGUUGAAGACUUCUGCUUCCCGACGCACUGCAGCCGAGGAGAGCGCAGACAGCUCCUCACGCUGGCCAUGAGAGCUCUGCAGCGGCUGGACGAGGAGCAGCUGCCGGGUCGACUCCUCUUACUGGAGGAGCUGAAUCUGGAGCAGCAGAGGGAGCUGAACCUGAACCCUCCGUCUUCCUUCCAGCUUCGUACCGGUGUGGCCCGGGACUGGCCCGACGCCAGGGCAGUCUGGGUGAGUAAAGAUGGCAGCCUCGUGGUCUGGGUCAACAUGGAGGACCACCUCAGGCUCGUGUCCACGCGGAUGGACGCCAACAUCGCAGAGGCGUUCAAAUGCAUCUGCAUCAACCUGCAGAAGCUGGAGGACUUCUACAGGAAGCUCAGACACCCGUUCAUCUGGAAGCAGCAGCUGGGGUGGGUGUCGAGCUCUCCGGCCGACGUGGGGACGGGUCUGAGGAUCAGGGUCCACCUAAAACUGCAGCACCUCCCACAACACAAACGGCUGCAGGACGUCCUGAAGAGACUGAGGAUCUGCAUAGACAGAACAGAAUCCCCGGCGCUGUAUUGUGUGAGCAAUGCGGCGACCUUCGGCGUGAGCGAAGUGGGACUGACCCAGCUGGUGGUGGACGGGGUCAAACUGCUCAUCGCCAUGGAGAAGAGGCUGGAGGGCGGCAGAGACAUCGAUGAGCUCGUUCCAACACAGAAGUAGAUCUGGAUGACGAUUGGCUGGUGCGAGGAGAACGGAUGGCUUGAUCAACAAGAGAUAAUUUAUUGACAAUCAGUUUCAAUAUAUUGUGAUCACAUGUUUUCGAGUUAUUGUUUUACUAAUCUGAAAACAAUUUAAACUAACAAAACUAUCUGUUUAAUUUACAUGUAUGAUGCCAUCAGUUUGAUUAUUCUACAUGUGAUUUGUGAGACUUACACAGUAAACACAGAGCCUAAAUAAAGGAAACUUACACAACAAGAACAUUCAGCACAUUAAACGGGAAACUCUUCCUCAAAUCGUGAUUUCAGUAAUGAACAAUGUUUCCCAACGUACUGAUAUGUUAAAAAUAACUAAAAUACAGUACAGCUGGUCAUAAUGAAGCAUCGGUGUUUUACUACACUUCUUUUAACAUCCUAACAUAGUUUAGGUUAAAUGGUUACUUCGCUGUCCAUGAAAUGAUUAAACCAGAGGAAAUUACUUUACCUGAA